CCAAAGCAUUUUACGCGAAACACCGCCCAUUCAGGAAAUCCAGAAACGCCGCACUUCCGCUAACGUUGAAAUCCAUAAAAUUGAGCUGGCAGCAAAGCAGCAUCUUUCACAAUUGACACAUCUACAUAGGCUAUCACCUUUCAACGCAGUGACAAUGAAUGUGGAUCACGAAGUGUCAUUACUUGUGGAAGAGAUUCGGCGCCUUGGCACUGAGAAUGCAGAUGGGAAGAUCAGUGUUACAUUUGGAGUACUUUUCAAUGAUGAUAAGUGUGCCAACUUGUUUGAAGCCCUUGUGGGGACCUUGAGGGCAGCCAAGAGGAAGAAGAUAGUAACAUAUCAAGGAGAACUGCUUCUUCAAGGUGUUCAUGACAAUGUUGAUGUUAUUCUCUUGUAGGAUUGUCAACACACUAUUUCCUCUGUAUUUAACAGAGUUUAAGCAAUGCCUUCAGUAUCCCUUAUCAAUCCAUUUGAUAAUGCUAUGAUGUCUCAUUUUGAUAUGGAAAUGUCCACAUUUUUUAAGAAAUCAUUUUUAGCCACAGGAAAGACUGUAUUGUGCAAUUAUGUCAGUUGCAGACUUGAUGCUCAACCAGUGAUUUCAUUGGUAAUCCUUUUGAUAUUACCACUAAUGCCAAAACCGAGGUUCACUCUUUGUUAUAAAUACAAGAAUGUCUAUCUUUUGAUUUCCAUGUCUUGUAUCAUAUUAAAUCAGACCAUUGUAUUGUACAGUUCAUCCAAAGAAUAGUAAUCAGGCAGAUUUGAGUCACAUCCACAUAAAUGAAAUUAUGUCUUUCAUACACAUGUUAAAGCAUUUUUUUUUAAAAUAAAAUGUUUCUGUAUGGAAUUAAA